GUCCGGAUAAAGGAGGUAUGUUUGAAAGAAGCGUGAUAGACGAGGGUGGAGCAACAAAGAAUGAAUAUUCAAUAAUAAAACCCGCCGCUAAACAUUAUCGAGCGAGACGCUAACGACGAUGGAAGCUGCACGCCACAGACAACGGUUGUCUUGCGCAGUCAUCUCUGUCACUCCUUUUCUCUCCUACUUAUAUCGCGCGAAAGGUCACUGGUGACCCCAACUAAUCUCGCUUGGUUCUACCUCUAUAGAUGAACAGUUUCUUAGACUAUGCUCAACCCAUCAGAAACUACCGAACGGCUCACAAACACCAGCUACAAUGCCUCGCCAGCAUCCUCGCCGGAACGCAAUGAUCGUCCUCAUCUCGCUAUCUCGUUACCGCAUACUUUGACUCGGACCAGCUCGAACUCUUCUGCUAUCUCUUGUGGUUCUACUUCAGAACUUGUCUCACACCCGCUGUCAGGCAAAGCGUCAAGUAAGGCGAAGUGGUCCUUCUUUGAGAAGGUGUUUUUCUGCAAACGGAGUAGAGACACUCUUAACAUCGAUUCCGAAAAGAAUAUGCGGAACCCGAACUUGCAGGAGAACGCACGACCGCCUAUGAAGCCAUGGCAUGGGUGGCAACUUAUUGUCAUGGGUUCAUGGUUAAACAUCCUUGUCUUGCUCAUUCCAGCAUCCUGGGUCCUUAUGAUUGCCUCGAGCGACUCCCAUACACUCAUAUUCAUAUUUUGUGUGCUUUCAAUGAUUCCUCUUGUCAAGCUGCAUGACCUUGCCACCCGACAACUAUCCAUUCGGUUAGGUGGUUCUAACACCGGCCUCCUGAACGCAAUCAUUUUUGAUAGAGUCGAGGUGGUAGUAGCAUUCAUCGCACUUAGGAAAUGUGAACUGCGUGUUGUACAGUCUUCACUGGUGGGCUCAAUGCUCAGCAAACUGUUGUUGAUCCUGGGAAUGUGUUUCUUUGCUGGCGGCAUACGAUUCACAGAACAGGACUUUGAUUCCACGGCAACCCAAAUCCAUUCUUCACUGCUGAGUAUCAGUGUUGGUGCUGUCCUUUUGCCGGCUGCGUUUCACUUCGCUUUGAGCUAUGACGCCGACGACGGCGUAUCGUCAUCAACUUCGAUGAAUCAGCAGAAGAAGUACAUUCUUCAAAUGAGCCAUGGCGUCUCCAUCGUUUUGCUCUUCAUCUACGCAUCCUACCUCGUCUUCCAAUUUUGGUCGCACCCGCAUCUGUACAAGGAUAGCGCUGCCGGAAGUGACAGACUUACCAACUCAGCCUCAGCUCGCUCCAUCGCCUCCCGUCUUCAAGGCCGGAGAAAGUCUCAGGGCUCACCUUCAUCGAAAGCUUUCCCCACUCUGAAGCCUCAAUUCUCUAAUCCUCCUUCAUACCCCUACCCCCAAUCCUACCCGCCCCGUAAGACUUUUUCGCAGGACACAAUCGCCGGACCAGAGUACCCAGGAAAGUCAUACACCCCUCCUCGACUUAAUGACAAGCGAAGUCCAUAUAUGCACAGGACCCAUUCGUCUUCUGAUGAAGAUGUCGAUAUGACACCCUCUUCCAGGGCUAGGACAGCCUAUCUUAUCUCACCUUUCGCUACGACCUCUCAAGUGACUCUGACUGAUUCCCAGCUUGGCGGGAGAUCAGAAAAGGGGCAGGUUGUGGAAGGCGGGGAAGAAUCUACCGUUCGAUUGGUUCAAAUGGAGCAGCCUCAAUGUGGGAAUGAUUAUGGACUUGAACAUGUGAGGAGACGGAGGACGAGCGUUAACAAUUCGCCGUAUGCUCAGGGUGGCGAUGGAGAUGAAGUCUUUUCGCCAUACGUUACUGAGAAGGGUGAGAGGACGAGGAACGAUAUGCAGCGGGGUGUGUCGAAUAUGCCGAUGCCGAUGCCGAUGCCUCAUGGACAGUAUGGACAUCAAGGGCAGUAUCACCAAGAACCUUUGCAUGCUGAACCUCAAGAGAGGAAAGCGGAGAACGUUCAAGAACCACAAAUGAGCUGGACGUUGAAUUUGCUUUUGCUGACGUUUGUCACCGUCCUGGUAGCACUUAACGCGGAAUGGUUAGUCGAUUCGAUGGAUGAUCUCUCCCCUCUGAUUAGCAAGGAAUGGAUUGCCUUGAUCCUAUUGCCCACUGUUGGUUCGCUCGCAGAAUGUAUCACCGCUGUGAACGUUUCAGUCCAGGACCAACUUACGUUGUCAAUCGGUGUCGCCGUUGGGUCAACCAUUCAAACUGCGUUGUUCGUCAUUCCGUUCAUGGUUAUUCUUGGGUGGAUAAUGGACAAACCACUCGCUUUGCUCUUCGACCCGUUCGAGUCGGUGGUCUUGUACAUCUCUGUACAUACUAUGGGGUAUGUCGUCGCCGACGGACGGUCAAACUGGCUGGAAGGUGUCAUUCUUGUCUGUCUUUACAUCGUCAUUGGAGUAUCUUUCUGGUUCUAUCCCGGAUCUAAUUUCUCCACCAACCUCGCAGUAUGUUCUACAUCAGUUUAAUACCCACACCACCCAUAGAGUUCCCGUACCCGUAUAUUCUCAACUUGGACAGUCUACAUGUAUACCCUACAUCACACCCUCGCGGUACCGUUACCAGGGAACACACUUAGAUACCUCCUCAAGCUUCAAGGACGCUUUUCCCGGACUACAUUUCAUUGCAUAUACAUCGUUAUACUCGUACUUUGUAAUUCCCCUUCCUUUUAGUUUGUUCGCUGUACAGAUUGUAGCACUAGUCGCGUUCCGAGAACGCACUUGUAAACCUCGUUCCUUUUUAACAGA